AAUUGAAGAUGCAUUGGGUGAUGAGGGGGGCAUGUGGAGGCAACUUUAGGGCCAGAGGAGUUUCUCGUCGAGUCCAAAGUUGGGGAGUCGUCCUGUGAACAUGACCUCCGUCUCCUGCGUUUUGGCGCUCGGGUUGCUGUCGUCUGCUGCGCUGGGCAGCGUCUUCCAAGCGGGAGAAAACCCCUCGGGCUUGAAGAGGCUGCACACGGAGUUUGGCAGGGAUGAGGAGCCACAUAGUUUGGAGAGGUCCGACCUCUCGAAACGCCGCGCAGGACUGAAUGGACAGACAUGUACAGCGCUGCCUGGAGUAGAGUCAGCCCUGCAAAACAACACCCAUACUUUCACCUUUAAAGUGCGAACCAUGGGUUCACUGUCGCUGGCCUGGGUGGGAGAUGGAUCAGGGGUGCUGCUGGUGUUGACGACAUUUCAGGUGCCUUUGUUCAUGAUGCGCUUUGGUCAGUCUAACCUCUACAGAAGUGAAGACUAUGGGAAAACCUUCAAAGAUGUGACUCACUUGAUCAACCAUACGUUCAUCCAGACUGAGUUUGGCAUCGCCAUCAGUCCCGACCACUCUGGGAAGGUGAUCCUGACUGGUGAUGUGUCAGAGAUCGGGGGGUUUCGACUGUUUCGUUCACAGGACUUCGGCCUCACUUUUGUUCCAACGGAUCUGCCGUUUGAUCCCCUCAUUCAGAUGCUGUACAACCCUGGAGACUGCAAUGCACUUGUGACGCUGAGUAUCACGUUGGAGCUGUGGCUGUCUGAGGACUUUGGCACCACCUGGAGGAAGAUCCAUGACAGUGUGUGCUUGGUCAGAUGGGGUCCAAAGAACAGCAUCUAUUUUACAACAAACUACAAUGGAUCAUGCAAUGAUAAAGGAAUGUUAGAGUUAAAGAAGACAGCAGACUAUGGUCGAAGUUUCCAGACCAUUGCAACAAGAGUUUACUCCUUUGUACUGGGAGGAAGAUUUGUUUUUGCUUCCAUCAUGACUGGCUCGGGAACAGAGCGUAUGAUCCACGUGUCAGUGGAUGGAGGUGAGGUGUGGAACAUGGCUCAGCUUCCCACAGUCAACCACGAGCAGUUCUAUUCCAUCCUGGCAGCCAAUCAGGACAUGAUCUUUAUGCAUGUGGAUGACCCUGGAGACUCUGGUGUUGGAACCAUCUAUGUGUCAGACGACAGAGGAACCGUGUUUUCUAAGUCUCUGGAGCGCCAUCUCUACACAACCACAGGAAGUGACACUGACUUCACCGCCAUUACUUCACUCAAGGGCGUCUACAUGACCAGUGCACUCACAGGGGAUGGUGCAGUGGAGACAGUGAUCACCUUUGACCAAGGAGCAAGGUGGCAGACGCUGCGCAGACCACAGAACAGCCAUUGUGACACUGAGACCUCUACUAACAGGCCAAACAGAUGCAGACUUCACAUCCACGCCUCCUACAGCACCACCAUGAAGAUGAACGUCCCCAUGCUGCCUCUCUCACAGCCUAAUGCUGUGGGCCUCAUUCUGGCUCAUGGCAGCGUUGGAGACGCAGAGUCAGCUCUCUCCCCUGACGUGUACGUGUCUGAUGACGGUGGCUACUCGUGGCUGUUGGCCCUCAGGGGCCCCCAUCACUAUGCUAUCCUGGACUCCGGAGGCCUGCUGGUGGCUGUGGAGCACACCAACUCAGUUGUCAACCAGAUAAAGUUUUCAACAGAUGAGGGGCAAUGUUGGCAUACAUAUAACUUCACCAGUGACCCACUUCACUUCAGUGGUAUGGACAGUGAGCCCGGCUCUCGCUCCAUGAACGUCAGCCUGUGGGGCUACAGGAACGACUUUAGUAAAUGGGUGGUGAUCACCAUAGACUUCAGGAAGCUCCUCACCCGAGACUGCACUGAAGGGGACUAUGUACAGUGGCUGGCUCACUCUGCAAACCCCAUUGGAUCUAAUGAUGGCUGUGUGCUGGGCUAUAAAGAGACCUUCUUGCGCCUGAGGAAAGACUCUGUGUGUUGGAACGGGAGGGACUAUGCUGUCACUAAGAAGCUGUCCCCCUGUCCAUGUACAUUGGAUGAUUAUCACUGUGACUUUGGAUAUUACCGACCAGAGAACCGCUCGGAGUGUGUGGAGCAGGAGGAGAUGAAGGGCCGUCCUCUGGAGUUUUGUUUAAAUGGGACCACCGAACAGCUACAGACCAGUGGCUACCGGAAGAUUCCAGGAGACCAGUGUGACGGAGGUUUCCAGCCAGACAGGAAGGAGACCGACCUGAGGAAGAUGUGCACCAGCAAUGCCCUUUAUCCAAAUUCUCUGACUGAAACCAGUUCACUGAAUGCUGCUGUCAUUGUGAUGGUUGUCAUAGUGGUCCUUCUGACUAGUGCUGCCGCAGGUGUUUGGCUUGUUAAGAAAUACGUCUGUGGAGGACGGUUCCUCGUGCACCGAUACUCUGUAAUGAGGGAACAUGUUGAAGCUAAUAAGAUAGAAGGAGUAGAUGAUAUUGACACUCACUACAUGGAAACAGGAAAAGCACUGUACAACGAAGACUCAGAUCAGGACAUCUUAGAAUAAGACUCCUCAAGACUAAAUUUAAUGCAGUCUUUCACGAUGCCUGGGCAUUCCUGUUGCUCCCACAUGCCAAUUAACAUCUGCUUCUCACUUCUCGCUAUCCCCUGGUGGCCGGAGGACUCAGCAGCAGCAGCGGGGCGACUUCUCACAUUGCUUCCUCGUACCAGUUGAGGCUCCCACAAAAAGGCAAACCGGAGGUUUGGGGAGGGGGAUAAACCCAGUGGAGAACAGAGGAAAGACUCUGGGUUCCCUGGAGAGCUUUUCUUGUUUCUGUCAUGAAGAGUUCUGUAAAGGCCGUUGAGUCUGAAUAUGUGCUCUGUAUGUUUCCUUCCCUGCUGACCCCAGAAGAGAUGCCCUUUCAUAUCGUUAUGCACCGCAGAAGCACAAUACAGAGGCCACGACUUGGAUAUAUUGGCUUACAGAAAAUUUUAAUAGGAGUUAGGGAACAGCCAAGCAACGGAACACAGGAAAUUCUAGUCAGUAUUUUAGCUCAGAGAUUUGCUCUGCUGUAGUUUUUGUACGCUGUAAAUUUAAAUUUGCAAUAUACAGUCCUGUUGUACAUGGUGGGCCCUUUCAACAUUCAUUUUGUCAGUUUCACCAGUCACUGAAAUUAGGCUAAAAUAAAUCACUAUUUGUGAGUUACUUUUUACAAACUAGUUGUUUCGAAAUGAGCAGUUUUCCACUGCAAAAGCAGCUAUUGUAAUCAUUGUUACCUUCUUUAGUGUUUUUGGUCACUAUCUGAGUAGUGAUAUUUCUGUUUUUACCAUACACAGCCUGUGGUUUUUACAGGUUAAAACUGACCAGUUUUUUAAUCGAAUCCCAUCAGGCGAUGCACUUUAGAUUACAAACCUUUCAAUACACCAACGGCUUCUUUUUAAAAAAACAAAACAAAACAGUAAUAACUAUUUAACAGACUUUUCUUAUUUCACAUCACUUUAAAUAUUAAAGGUAGGUAAUAGAUAAUAAUUACACAUAUUUCAAUAGUCCAAUAUUAUUAUUCAUGUCAACAUUUUAAUUUAACCAGAACAUAAAAUGAGUACAAAUACAAGCAAAAGUAGCGAAUACUAGUGUUUACAUUAGAAGAUAAAUUAUAUCAGCUAACAAGAAUAAAAAUUUAAAAAGUCACUUGUCACAAACAGAUAUGAGUCUUUAGUUUUUAGUUCUAAUUGAAACUUUUGGAAUAAAUGUUAAAGAGCCUUCCAUUAUUGUGAAGAUAUAAAAUGCAAACAUUUUUUUUAAUACAGUGCAGCUUCAUACAGCCAAUAUCUUCUAUUCCCCUGUAUGUGUGGUGAAAACGAAAGACUUGAAUUAUUGCCAAAGCACUUUUAUUGUUUAGUUUUCUAAUUUUAGAGGUGAGGUUACAGAGGUGAGACUUAACCUUAUUCCAGCAUUAUAUGAGUAUGUGGGUAAUGCUAAUGCAAACCCUUUACUUGAACUUUCUGAUAUUUUGGCUUAAUUGGAUGCAUCAACAUGUUGCUGUUGACUUUUUAAAGCUACCAUUAGCCAGUAUUUGUUUUUUGUUUUUGUUUUUUUGAUAUAUUGGUGCAUCCAAAAUAAAUAAUCAGAGAUGUUUCAAAAUAUCCACAAUAAAAGAACAAAUUGUCAGUUUAAUGUGUGAGGUGGCCACAAAGAACUUUAUUCUGUUCAUUGAAUUAUUUCCCUUUAGAAGAGAUGUUGGCUGGCUACCAUUUCUAUUAUCUGCAAUGUAAGAACUGUAACUUUUGACAUGUGCAGGGCUUUAUGGCUAAUGCUUGUAUUCUCCAGCAGAGGCAAUAAUAUCCCAGCAAAUAAGCUAUCGUAAUAAGCUGGCCUAAUGUAGAGGCAUAUUCUCAAGGACUGUGUGGUUGACUUAGAUAUGAGAGCAGAGUCAUAUGCUUGAUGCUUCUUUAUUUACAAAAACUGUCAGUAAGAACAAACCCAGCUGUUAACUGGAUUCAAUGAUUUAUUUUUGCACUGUAUCUACAGAUCUGUGAAAAAGUUGCAUCUGUUCCUCCGUGUACAUCUCAUUUUUGUAAAAUAAUAGGGCCAUGGGUUGUGAUCUUCAUCCAUCUUGUUUUCUUGACUGUUUGCUAGGAUAUCAGAGAUGAGUAUCUCUGAAUUAAACUAUUCUGUAGCGCAGA